AUGAAGAUCGACACGAACGAGCGCUGGGAAGUGGCCAAGAAGAACAACAUUUGCUACCGAUGCCUCGUCAGCAAGCAUCGACGCUUCGCCUGCCGCGCCAAGCCUUGUGGCCAGCAGGGCUGCCCCAUGAGACAUCAUCGCCUACUACACCACGAGAAGUCGCCACCCGCGGCCGCCGCUGCAGCCGCUGCCGAGCCACCCUCACCACGCAAGCCAGAAGAAGUCGUGGCCUCGGCAGUGAACCAGAUCGCCUGUGCGACAGCACAAACAAGACGCGCCUACCUGAAGAUAGUACCAGUCACACUACGCGGCCCGCGGGCGGAAGCAGACACUUUCGCUCUACUAGAUGAAGGCAGCACCGUGACAAUUAUCGACUCGGCGCUGGCGGACACACUCGGGCUCAACGGCCCCACCGAACCAAUGUGGGUGCAGGGCAUAGGCGGGAAAGAGAUGGAGCACAAUCAGAGCAGGAGGGUCGAGGUCUACAUACGCAACAAGUACGGCGGGCAGGAGCAGCGCAUACCAAACGCGCACACCGUCGGCAGUCUGGGCUUCACCACACAAUCCAUAGGUGCGAGCGAGAUAGAUGGCUGCACACAUCUCAGAGGACUCAAGCACAAGUUAACCUACCAAGGCGCAACCCCACAAAUACUCAUCGGUCAAGACAACUGGGAGCUAAUCGUGUCGCGGGAAAUAAGAAAAGGACGGCGCGAUCAACUCGUCGCUUCAAGAACCCUACUAGGAUGGGUACUUCACGGCUGCCGCACCACUAGAGCGGAGCCGAUCGCGUACUGCUGUGCGCACCUCACGCGGGCCAAGUCGAACGAAAACAUAGAAGAAACAAUGAAGAAAUAUUUCGCUCUCGAGUCCCUAGCAAUCGAGCCGAGGCGACCGAGCAGCGAUCCCGAGCAACAAGCGCUUCGCAUAUUAGAAGAAAAGAGCCGCCGCUUACCCGACGGCAGGUUCGAGACAGGGUUACUGUGGCGCAACCAAGAAGAAAGAAUACCCAACAAUCGCAACGACGCACUGAAGCGGCUACACACGCUCGAGAGGAAGCUGGAUCGAGACGCAAACCUGAAACAACAAUACAACGAGCGCGUCAACAAUCUACUCACCUCAAGCUACGCCGAGCGCGCGGCCACGCCACCAAGCGGCAGGACGUGGUACCUACCUCACUUCGCCGUCUGCAACCCAGAGAAGCCGAAGAUAAGACUGGUCCAUGAUGCUGCGGCCACCUCACACGGCCGCAGCCUCAACGACAUGCUGCACACGGGUCCAGAUUUCCUGCAAUCACUACCCGGCGUCAUCAUGAAGUUUCGUCAACACAGCAUCGCAGUCUCAGCUGAUCUGAAAGAGAUGUUCAUGCAGAUCAAGAUACGCGAAGAGGACAGGGACGCACUCCGCUUCCUAUGGAGGGGCGAUCGCCGCGAGGGAGAGCCAGAAGAAUACCGCAUGACUUCAGUUAUAUUCGGCGCGUCGUCAUCGCCGUGCACCGCUCUAUACAUCAAAAAUAGAAACGCACGAGAGCACGCGACACAGUACCCGGAGGCUGCGCGAGCAAUAGAGCGCAACCACUACAUGGACGACUAUCUCCAGAGCUUCAACACAAUAGAAGAGGCAAGACAAGUAACAAGAGACGUCGAUCAUGUACACCAACAAGCCAAGUUUCAGCUGCGUGGGUGGGCUACGAACGAAUAUGAAGCAAUAAGAGACGUCGUCGGCAGCGAAGAGCGAGAGGGAAACACUGUCCCUAUCGGCGGGAGCGAGAUAGAAAAAACGCUCGGCCUGCUGUGGGACACAAACGAGGAUAGCAUCCGGUUUCGCCUCAACACUAGAAGAGCUCAGCCCGAGGUGGUCAAUGACCUCCGGCCUCCGACGAAGAGAGAAGCCCUAAGCAUCAUAAUGUCAAUAUUUGACCCGCUCGGCCUGAUUUCACCUAUCACUACGCCGGCCAAGCGAAUAAUGCAAGACACGUGGCAACAUAACACGAGCUGGGACGAAGCUAUACCCGAAAAUCUGCGGGAGCGCUGGAGCGAGUGGCUACAACAACUGCGAGACCUAGGUACCCUAAAAAUACCUAGAUGCUACGACGCAACGCCUGCCGCCGUGCGCGAGCUACACACUUUCGUCGACGCUAGUGAAGAAGCAUACGCCGCCGCCGUGUACUGGAGGAUGACGCGAGCCGACGGGUCAGUCAAAAUAGCCCUGGCCGCCGCCAAGAGUCGCGUCACACCUAGGAAGCCUAUCUCCAUACCUAGACUGGAGCUGCAGGCGGCCGUCCUAGGCGUACGGCUAGCAAGAACAGUGAUAGAAGAGCACGACUUCGAGAUCGCUUCAAAAAUAUACUGGAGCGACUCUCGCACGGCGCUAGCAUGGAUACGCGCCGAGCCCCGUACAUUCAAGACGUUCGUGGCCCACAGACUCGCCGAGAUAGAAGAUCACACUAAGAAAAACGAGUGGAGAUGGGUACCGACAGCACACAACGUAGCCGACGACGCGACCCGCGCCACACCAGCUGACUUCGAUACGAGCCACAGAUGGUUCGUUGGCCCGUCAUUCCUGUACAAUGAAGAAUCGACUUGGCCCCGUGAGAAUAAAGUCGAAGUUCCCGUGACCGGUGAAGAAAAAGAGACGUGUGCUGCGACAGCCGCCGUGCCUGAAAAUAAACACGCGGCCAUACCUAAGUUCGAGCGCUUCUCAAAGUGGACGCGACUACUACGUGCGACCGCACGUGUGCUACAGUUCAUCGACCUCGUGCGCCCUCGACCCCGUGACCCCGCCCGGCCCGCGACACAACUUAUCGCGGCGGCCAGGCGCACACGAACGCGCGCAAACGAGACACAAGACGGCGCCUGGAACAAGCGUGCCACUCACACACGCACACCUGUCAAGAUCGCCGCUACGCCGCCACAAGAAGAUAAGAAGUACUUAGUGUUAGAAGCCAAAUACCUAAGUGCCGCCGAGAAACUACUAGUACGCGCCUCACAAGAAGAUAGCUACGAAAAAGAGAGAGGGCGCAUAGCAAGCGGCCGCGCGCCAGACAAGGACGACCGACUAGCCAAGCUGAGUGUCUAUAUGGACGGCGAUCACAUUAUACGUCUGCGGGGCAGAAUAGCGGCCGGCAACUUACAAGAAGAGACAGUGCGACCUAUAGUGCUACACGGGAAACAUCACUAUACAAAGUUAUAUGUUUCUCACGUUCACGAACAGUUACAUCACGGCGGCACCGAAAUAGUGGUUAACGAUCUGCGACAGCGUGUGCAUAUAGUGAAAAUAAGACCGACAGUGAAACAAGUGAUCGCCCAGUGCCCAAAGUGUCGCCUGCGUCGCGCUAAGCCCGCGGCGCCAUCUACGGGUGACCUGCCAGCGGCGCGCCUAGCACAUCACGUUAGGCCCUUCACAUACACGGGUCUGGACUACUACGGGCCGCAAGAAGUUACAGUGGGCCGUCAUAGAGAGAAAAGGUACGUCGCACUGUUCACCUGUAUGACGUCGAGGGCCGUGCACCUGGAGAUGGUUGCCUCACUGAGCACCGACUCCGCCAUCAACGCACUGCGCCGCUUUAUCGCUCGGCGCGGGUGCCCUACCGAACUGUGGAGUGACAACGGGACUGCCUUCAGAGGUGCACACCGAGAGCUGGCGGAAGCAAUGAGAGACGCCGCCCACGCACGCCGCAUCAAUUGGCGUUUCCUUCCCCCGGCCGCCCCAUUCAUGGCGGGCGUGUGGGAACGUAUGGUGCGCACCGUCAAAGAAGCAAUGAAGGCUACGCUGCACGAGAAGUACCCGAGCGACGAGACCCUGCAGACCCUACUGGCGGAGGCGGAGGCAACCGUCAACUCAAGACCGCUGACCUACGUGGCCGUGAAUCCAGAGGACCCGCCGGCCUUGACCCCGAACAUGAUCCUGCUGGGGCCGGACUGCUACUCACCUGCACCCGGCACCUUCGAAGAGAGCGACACCAACGCGCGACAACACUGGAAGCGCGCCCAGCAGCUCGCCGACACCUUCUGGCAGCGCUGGGUUCGCGAGUACGCGCCGCUACUCCAACACCGGCGGGAGCCCUACGACGGAGGAGUCGCCCCGGCCGUCGGAGACGUCGUCAUCAUCUGCGACUCCAACCUCCCCCGUAACACAUGGCCACGGGGGAUAGUGACGCGGACGUACCCGGGCAAGGAUGGCGUGGUUCGAGUCGUGGACGUCUCUACGAGCAAGGGACACGUGCUGAGGAGGCCGACAAAGAAGAUCGUCGUGCUACCAGUAGGUUCGCGAAGCGACGGCGGGAGAAAUGUACACGACGCGCGUUUAGAUUAA